AUGGUGUUUCAAAUAAUUCUCCUGGUGAUCUGCACCAUCUGCCUGAAGCAUUACGCUAAAGGGGAGUUUCAGCAAAGUCUGGCCAUCACCGACAUCCUGCCCGAGGACAUCAAGCGAUACGAUAAGAUGCGACCGCCCAAGAAAGAGGGCCAGCCUACGAUAGUCUACUUCCAUGUGACGGUGAUGGGCCUGGACUCCAUUGAUGAGAACUCGAUGACGUACGUGGCAGAUGUGUUCUUUGCCCAAACCUGGAAGGACCACCGCCUACGACUGCCGGAGAACAUGACCCAGGAGUAUCGGUUGCUGGAAGUGGACUGGCUGAAGAACAUGUGGCGACCAGACUCCUUCUUCAAAAACGCCAAAUCGGUCACUUUCCAGACGAUGACCAUACCCAACCAUUAUAUGUGGCUGUACAAGGACAAGACGAUUCUGUACAUGGUCAAGCUGACGCUCAAGCUGUCCUGCAUCAUGAACUUUGCCAUCUAUCCGCACGACACCCAGGAGUGCAAGCUGCAGAUGGAGAGCCUGUCUCACACCACGGACGACCUGAUCUUCCAGUGGGACCCCACCACACCACUCGUGGUGGACGAGAACAUCGAGCUGCCGCAGGUGGCGCUCAUACGUAACGAGACGGCGGACUGUACCCAAGUCUACUCCACUGGCAACUUUACCUGUCUAGAGGUAGUCUUUACUCUCAAGCGGCGCCUGGUGUACUACGUCUUCAACACGUACAUACCCACUUGCAUGAUCGUGAUCAUGUCGUGGGUCUCCUUUUGGAUCAAGCCGGAAGCGGCUCCUGCCCGCGUUACCCUCGGGGUCACCUCGCUGCUCACCCUAUCCACGCAGCACGCCAAGUCACAGUCGUCGCUGCCGCCAGUGUCCUAUCUCAAGGCCGUGGACGCCUUCAUGUCCGUCUGCACGGUGUUCGUGUUCAUGGCCCUCAUGGAGUACUGUUUGAUCAACAUCGUCCUGAGUGACACGCCCAUACCCAAGCCGAUGGCCUAUCCACCCAAGCCGGUACCCGGAGAUGCAACCAAAAAGGAGGGAGAGGCUGGGGCUCCGCCGGGAGGAAGCAACUCGGCGGGCAGCAAGCAGGCCACCAUGCUGCCCCUGGCCGAUGAGAAAAUUGAAAAGAUCGAGAAAAUCUUCGAUGAAAUGACCAAGAAUAAGAGGAUUGUGACCACCACUCGUCGUGUGGUUCGUCCCCCACUGGACGCUGAUGGUCCCUGGAUUCCACGUCAGGAGUCACGCAUCAUUCUGACCCCGACCAUUGCGCCUCCGCCACCGCCUCCGCCGCCGUCGGUGCCCGAUCCGGAGUUGCCCAAGCCCAAGCUGACCCCCGCCCAGGAGCGGCUUAAGCGGGCCAUCUACAUCGAUCGCUCCUCGCGGGUCCUGUUCCCCGCCCUCUUCGCCAGCCUUAAUGGCAUCUAUUGGUGUGUGUUCUACGAAUAUCUGUAAGAUCGGCAUGCAGAUCCCUGACCUCUGACCUGUACAUACUAUGCUUUCGCCGGCUCUCUCUCUCUCUGUGUCGCUCCAUCCGAGUGUUAAACGUUGAUUGUUCGCAUAUAUCGAAGCGUAUACCGCAAAUUUACUUUUAAGCUUUCACGCACAAGCUUUAAGUCAAU